CAUCAUUCACGUGCUGCUCUGUGCUCGACCUGUGGUUCAGGUGUGUAUAUAAAGAGCAGAGCAGCCUCCUCAUCAUCACUGCAGCAUCAGCUGAAACCUGAACAGAAUCACCGCACAUCUACCAGACAGACACAGAGUCUCUUCAUCAUUCUUCAUCCUGCUCAACAUCUUCAUCAUGAAGGCCGUCCUGCUCCUCACCGUUUUGCUCAGCGGAGUUCUUGCCAUCACAGCAGCAGCAGUUGAAGCUGUUGAACCAGCACAAGCACCACUGGAGCUACAGGAGGAAAACCAGGUUGAAGCUGUUGAACCAGCACAAGCACCACUGGAGCUACAGGAGGAAAACCAGGUGGCAGAAAUUGAAGUUGGAGUGGCUGCUCCUGAAGUGGAAGCUCCUGAGAAGUCUGGAGAGAUGGCUCUAUCAGUUAAAGGUCGUUUCUUUGCUUGUCCCACUGGUUGGGUCAGAUACAAGAAUAGUUGCUAUCUGUACGUGAGCACUGGCAAAAGCUGGAGCAGCGCUGCGGCUCACUGCGACAGUCUGGGAGCCACCUUGGCUUCCGUCAAGAAUGUGUUUGACUACAGUUUCCUGCAGGAUCUGACCAGGAGGGCAGGAAGCACUGUCGCCUGGAUGGGAGGCUUCUACUUCCAGGGCUGGAGGUGGGUGGACCAGAGCCUCUUCAACUACAACUACUGGAAUUCACAGAAUUCUGUCAGCAGCUACCCGUGCAUAUACCUUAAUGCCAGAGCUGGUUGGUCUAAUCAUAACUGCGGUAACAGAUGGCCGUCCAUCUGCAUGACGAAAUCUGAUACCUGCUAAACGUGACAGCAGGACACAGCUGUGUUCACUGAGAAUCUUCAUCUUGAGAAUGUGAUGGAGCACAUUAUGAGUGUUAGAAUACAAAACCUCUCUUUCUUUCAUUGAAACAAUCUGACUCUCCUAUCAGGGGAGUUUGCUGUAUUAGUGUUGUGUGCUUCAGAAGUGACAGAUUUGUUGAUAGCUUCCUGCUGUAUAUGAUGCUUCUUUCUUGAUGUUUUGAAGUCAGAUGCUACAAUUUGUAAAGUGGUCGAAGACUCUGUGUUGUUAUUCUUCUGUUUUUUACUUGGCAAUAUGUUUUCAGAUGUAAAUUUGUUUCAGAAAUAAAAAAUUCAUUGAAUAAAUGAAUUAGAAAAAUA